UUUAAAGACAAAUUCACACUGUUCGUGUACACAUCCCGCCAAUUUGCCAUAAACGCGUAUUUAUUUUCGUUCAAGUUUUUUUAUAAAAAUAUUAAAAGUUUAGAAAUUAAUUCAAUAUAAUAUUCUUAAACAUAAACUCACCUUGAGUUGAUUUUAAACAGGUAACACAGAAAUAGUUAUAAAAAAAAGAUAAUGCCGGCCAAACGAGGUAGAGCAAAGAAGCAGGCAGUUGAAGAAGAAGGAAAAAAUGAAGUCACGAAGGAAAUAUCAAAUAAAAAAAAGAUAAAAAGAGAUUCAGAUGAGGAAGAAGUGAAAGAAGAGCCUGUGGCAAAAAAAGCCAAAGUAGAUACAAAAGACACGAAACCAAUGAUAAAUAAAGUUGAUUCAGAUUUAAGUAAAAUUGAUUUCACAUGCAAGAAACUUAAUGCCGAUAAAGAAGCUUAUAAUAUUAAAAUCUGUUCCUGGAAUGUAUCUGGUAUUAGGGCUGUAAUAAAAAAAAAUGGAUUUCAAUACAUCAAAGAAGAAGAUGCGGACAUUGUUCUAUUGCAAGAGGUGAAAUGUAACAAUGCAAGUUUACCAAAUGAAGUAAAAUUACCAGGAUACGAGCGUUAUUUUUUGGAGAGUAAGAAACCAGGAUAUUGUGGUAUGGCAUUUUUUUCGAAAAUUAAACCAAUUAAAAUUUUAUACGGAUUACAAAAUUCUACUUUUGAUAUCGAAGGUAGAAUUAUCACAGCGGAGUUUGAUAAUUUUUACGUAAUUAAUGUCUACGUUCCUAAUUCAGGCACUAAAUUAAUGAAUUUACAAAAGCGAUUGGAUUGGAACAAGGCAUUUAACGAACACGUUAUAAAAUUAGACAAUAAAAAACCAGUUAUCAUUUGUGGAGAUAUGAAUGUUGCCCAUCAGGAAAUAGAUUUAACGAAUCCAAAAACAAAUACAAAAAAUGCUGGUUUCUCGCCAGAAGAACGAGAAGGAAUGACAGAGCUUCUCAAGUUAGGUUUUGUGGAUACAUUCAGGGCAAUGUAUCCUGAAAAAACAGGCGCUUAUUCGUUUUGGUCCUAUUUUAGAAAUGCUCGAGACAAAAAUAUUGGAUGGAGACUGGAUUACUUUAUUGUUUCCGAGCGAAUUAAAAAUAAAAUUUGUGAUAACGUGAUGAGAGACAAAGUUUAUGGAAGUGACCAUUGUCCUAUUGUACUUUAUGCUCAUUUAUAAAUUGUUUAAUUUUUAAAUGUUUCUAAUUUCUAUUCAUUUAUAAUAAUUUCUAUAAUUUUGUAAUAAAAUCUCAAUAUGAAAA